GACUAGUCAGAAGAUGAUGUGGGCGGGGCUUGUAAUCGAAAGUAAAAUAGAUGAGGAAAUAAAAAAAUUGUAAAAAUCACGCGUCUCUAAUUUCGUCCUUCUGUUGCACUUUUUUCCCCUCACCUUUGCCUUUUGUUUUUAUCAGUUAAAAAAAAAAUUCCCUGCCAACCAUGCCCAAAAGCUCCGUGUUGAAGAUAAGCCCCGAAAAUGCCGCGAGGGUACAAACCUACCACCAGGCCUUGCUGAAUCAGGCAAACAAUCUCUUCUCCACUGUCAUCCCUUCCAAAAUCCUCCAGCUGGAUGCUCUACUGCAGGACGUCAGCGUGACGGACAUGUCGUCGCUCAAAGCGCCGCUGGACAUCCCCAUACCCGACCCGCCUCCCGCCGAUGAGGACAUGGAGACCAACGAUGAGAAGAAAAAAAAGCCCAAAUGCGGCUUCAUCAAGUCCAACGAGGUGAUCGUGGCGCUGGUGGGCAAGUUGAAACCCGAGAUCGUCGGCCUGCGGGAGACCAUCAUCACCGUCACGUGUUGGAUUCAGCACCUCAUCCCCAAAAUCGAAGACGGGAACGACUUUGGCGUCGCAAUUCAGGAGAAAAUCUUAGAGAGAAUCGCAGCGGUCAAGACCAAAGUUGACGGCUUCCAGGGGAACAUCAACAAGUACUUCCUGGAGAGGGGAGACGCCGUGGCCAAAGCCUCCAAAGACACUCACGUGAUGGACUACCGCUCGCUGGUCCACGAGAAGGACGUGGCCGUCUACUCCGACAUCCGAAUGAUCAUCCUGGACUUGCGCAGCUUUUACGUGGAACUCUACGACAUGAUCAGCAAGAACAUGGAGAAGGUGACCAACCCCAAAGGCGAGGAGAAGCCGUCCAUGUACUGAAACGCGCAAACUCCGACCCGUUUUGUUUUUAACUCCAAAGAAGUCGGCUUGGAACUGAAUUAGCAAUAAAACGCUAACUUUCACAA